AUGUCUACCUCGUCUUCUGCCACACACCGUUUCUUUGUCUACGCUCCAGACAAGACAGAACCGGGCACCCUCGAGCGAAGAUUGUCCGUCCGGGAAAAACAUCUCGUCGGUGCAAAAGUCAGCCAUGAGAGUGGCUUCAUCCGCAUUGGCGGUGCUGUCACAACCCCAGAUGCCAUCACCAAUCCAGAUGCGCCAAAGAACAUGGUCGGAUCUACUUUCCUUUUUGAAGCAGAGUCGAUUGACCAAGUGAAGAAAUACAUCGAAAAUGAUAUUUACUACACAUCUGGUGUUUGGGAUCCCGAAAAGAUCGUCAUCUUGCCAUUUUUCAGUGCAUUCCCUCUUCCAUAA